UCAGAAUUAAUGCCAACCAUUAAGCUGGCCUUGGACUCUAGGCUCCAGCCCACCUCCCUUCCCAGUGGCUCUACCUGGGCCCCGCCCAUUCUGGCCCCGCCUCAGCCUGUCCGCUGGACUUACCCACACCUCUAAUUCACUGGCCAAUGAAUACGGAGCAGCCUUCUAAAUAGCCUGGCCGCACAUUCCGUGUCCACUUUGCAGUUCUCCAGAGUCACGGCCACUGCUGCAUCAUGUGGGCCCUGGGCUUCCUGCUCCACUUCCUCAUCAUACAGCCGGUGGUACAGGUGGACUCCAAGGGUACCUGGUGCUACGACUCCCAAGACCCAAAGUGUGGCCCCACCCACUGGAAGGAGCUAGCACCUGCCUGUGGGGGCCCAGCUCAGUCCCCUAUCAACAUUGACCUCCGAUUGGUCCAGCGGGAUAACACUCUCGGGCCCUUCAUCUUUCAAGGCUAUGAUUCAGCACCUGCAGACCCUUGGCUCCUGGAGAAUGAUGGCCAUACAGUGCUACUUCGAGUAAAUUCCUGUCGGCAGAGCUGCCCAGCGAUCCGAGGGGCUGGGCUGCCAUCGCCAGAGUACCGGCUACUGCAGCUCCAUUUCCACUGGGGCAGCCCAGGGCACGAAGGCUCGGAGCACAGCCUUGACGAGAAGCGCGGCUCUAUGGAGAUGCACGUGGUGCACAUGAACACCAAGUACCAGAGCAUGAAGGAGGCACAGAGCCAUCCAGAUGGGUUCGCUGUUCUGGCCGUGCUGUUGCUGGAGGAGGACAGGGACAAUACCAAUUUCUCUGCCAUUGUGUCUGGCUUGAAAAAUUUAUCUUCACCUGGGGUCUCUGUGAAUCUGACAUCCAUCUUCCCGCUGGCCUCUCUGCUGCCAAGUGCUUUGGGUCUCUUGCGCUACUACCGAUAUUCCGGGUCUCUGACCACACCCGGCUGUGACCCAGCGGUGCUCUGGACUGUCUUUGAAAACACCAUACCCAUUGGACGAGCACAGGUAGCCCAGUUCCAGACUGUGCCCCAGACCGGGCCACCAGGUUUGCACCCCAGACCACUCAGGGAUAAUUUCCGCCCCCAACAGCCUCUUGGAGGGCGCAGGAUAUCAGCCUCUCCUGGGGCAUCCAUCCGGUCAUCAGUAGCACAAAAGCCCCAUCACCCUACCCUGUCCUGUUUGCACCUGGCUUUUUUGGGCUUGGGAGUUGGGCUGAGGCUCUGGGACGGCCCCUAAGAUCCGGGAGUGACUCCUGUUUCCACAAUAAAUCCUGCACAGUGACCUUGGGCCUCAUGUG